UUCCAUUGACAGUGCGGCUGGUGCCGAGUGUAAAGAUGGCGAUGCGGGUAGUGAGCAGUGUGAGGGGCGGCAUGCGAGCCCUGUGCACAGCCGCGCAACUACACAGACUUAGCCCAGUCUCUGGCUGUUCCUGGCGGGUGUGUUCGGCCCGGAGCUUGGCUACAGGCUCUCAGCUGCUCUCCGCGCGCAAAUUCACAGAUAAGCAUGAGUGGAUAUCUGUUGAAAACGGGAUUGGAACUGUAGGGAUCAGCAAAUAUGCUCAGGAAGCAUUGGGUGAUGUGGUUUACUGUGGGCUUCCAGAAGUUGGUAUCAAAUUGAAAAAAGCUGAUGAGUUUGGAACCUUAGAAAGUGUUAAAGCUGCUAGUGAACUGUAUUCUCCACUGACAGGAGAGGUCACAGAAAUAAACACAAACUUAGCUGAUAAUCCUGGCUUGGUCAACAAAUCCUGCUAUGAUGAAGGUUGGCUAAUCAAGAUGACAGUGGAUGUUUCCUCUGAACUGGAAGAACUCAUGAGUGAGGACGCAUAUGAUAAAUACAUAAAAUCAAUAGAGGACUGAUCUGUGGACUGUAAUCCAGAAACGUUAGCCUUUUGUAGGUUGAGUAGUGCUCUACAUUUGAUCUUCAGUUCUGGCAUUGUUGGGACUUCUUUACCACAGAGAAGUAUUUUGUAACGUGUUAUUUUUUUAAUUGAACACAUCUCUCCCUUGAAUCUGAUGUGAAAGAUGGACUGACCAUACAGAAAUUCCUCAAUCUUCACUAAGAAUCUUUUUGCACACCUGCACUAACAAUUAGUCUGUAGUCUGUUUUUAGAGGUAAUGAUCCUUAAACCCAAGAAAAAUAUAAUUAUAGUCUUUUGCUAGCCUUCAUUGUAAUGCUUCUUGCCACAAUGUGGGCACAUUUAUAUUUGCUAUUUGUCUGUCAAGCAGUGUGACAUCUUCUGUUAAACACAGAUUUGGCUGCUGGAAAGGCUACUAGCAGAAAAGUCAGAUUUUUGAUGCAAAUUGCAUCAGCUGUAAUAGUUUAAAGCUAAAAAUCAUCUAUGCUGCAGGUCACAAGGUAAAUGUGUAAUAAAAACUGACUUCUCAUCCUAAAA